CUGUCUUAUUGAUGAAGAAUUGGCGUUCCUAGGAGCACCGUGGCCACGAUACUGUGAAUUGGCACAGAGAUACAAUUUGCAAAUAAUCAGGAUACCAAUGAUCGAAGGACCAGGUUGUAAUACAAAUGGAACAUCAUAUACAGCAAGGUCAAAAGGUGUUGGACGUGCUGGGUUGGUAGCGUGCUGUUGGCUGCUUAGAACACGUCUCUGUCAUGACGCUGAUCGUGCAAUUCGGUUGGUGAGAAUGAGGCGAAGCCCCAAAGCAAUUGAAACAAUGCAACAAGUUGAUUUCAUUGUAAAAUAUGCUGAUUAUUCCCUCUGGAAAAUUCAAGAACGGUCACGUCUGUCAUAUGAUGUAUUGAAUGAUGUUACACACAAUAAUAUUGUCACAUGA